AAAGACUUUGGUGGAGCUUGACCAAUCGGGGCAGCGAUUGUUACGUUGUCAAUCACGGAAGCUGUUACGGGGAAGUUCAGUUUGUUAUGCUAAGUGCAUGGUCAGAGAUUUGAAUCGCACAUUCAUAGGUGGAGAUGUUCCGCCGCGUGCUGGGGAAAACCCUGGGCUUUGUGGGCUACACGGUCCAGUAUGGCUGCAUAGCACAUUGUGCCUUCGAAUACCUUGGAGAGUUUGUGGUGUGCUCUGGUCCAUCAAUGGAGCCUACCAUUGUCAACCAUGAUAUUGUCUUCUCUGAACGGAUGAGUCGCCAUCUCUGUAAAAUACAAAAGGGUGAUAUAAUAAUUGCAAAGAGUCCAUUUGACCCAAAUAUGAACAUUUGUAAAAGAGUAAUUGGGUUGGAGGGAGACAAAAUCUGCACAAGUGGCCCAUUAGAUCUCUUCAAGACCCACACAUAUGUUCCAAAAGGCCAUGUAUGGCUAGAAGGGGAUAACCUUAGGAACUCCACUGACUCAAGGAGCUAUGGCCCAAUUCCCUAUGCCCUCAUCCGAGGACGUGUUUGCUUAAAGCUGUGGCCGCCGCAUAGUUUUGGGACCCUCAGUGAAAGCCCAACCAGACAGAUUGUUAAAACUCAGAGUGACUCAGACUCGGACUGACUCAUCCACUUUAUUUGUGUACUGUACGGUACUUUGUAUUCAAGCGUUUUUGAAUAAAGUUGACAUUUAUUUAAAUAUUUUUUUUAAAAAGUGGCUAUACUGUAAUCUAGAUAAUUUAAACAGACUCAACCCCAUUAUUCUAAAGGUAUGAUUUUUUUUGGACAGGGGAACACUUUGCAAUUAUACAGGCUUCAUCACUUUACUUUUUUAUAACUGACAAUAUGUUGUCAUGUGGAGCUUAUUGUGUGUUGGCCGUGGCCGUGAAGCGCUGUAGGAACAGCAAUGCGUGAGCAGCAGAGUAAAGCUGUGUCUCUGUGGAACUGCUAAUGGCAGAGAACAGGCAGAGACAAAGAUGAGAUGCACAAGGUGUACAUUGGGGAUUGUGCUCAUUCAGUAAUAAGACAAACCAAUAAAUAAGUUUAAUAAGUUCCAAAUCAACAAAUUAAAGACCAAAUCAUACCUAUAACUAAUACAACAUACAGUUUAGUAACUUGUAGUUGAAUUUAAUUGUUUUAUUGGUCACCUACACAACAUAUUUGCAGGUUGUUUGUACAAGUGCUUUAAACAGGGAUAUCUCUCUAAACCUACAAACUAUAACCUCAGCAGAAACAUGUCUCAUUCCCUUAAAAAAGAUGUUAUUAAUUUCAUGUUUAUGCUUUCUUGGUAUUAUGGUAAAACAAAAGCUCUCUUAUUAUUUAAUAUUUCAUCAUGUGCUGCCAGAGCUAUUGAAAAAAUGUUAACAUUUCCCAUUUAACCAUACAAUAUUAAUAAGCACUUAGUAAGGACCUCGCUCACCACUGAAUACAUUGUGUGUAGAUGUGUGUGUUGAACCAAAUGUGGUUUCUGUUAAUGGUGUAAAGGAUCAAGAGAUUUCUAGUUGUGAAACCUGAUUCCUUGGUCAUAUAUACAUUUAACUAGGUUUCUAACAGGAUUUUAACAGGAGUAUGA